AUGGAAGUGAUGGCAUCUAGAUUGAGAAAAUGUGGGCAUAAUGCUGAGUUAAAGCCAAGUCAUGUAACGAAUGACGAAACACGAGAACUCAAAGUUGUUGAAGAGGAGGGAGAAACUAAACAAGAAGGAGAAACCAGUAAGAAAUCUGUACAACAACCAAACCGUAAUAGAAAUAUUUUUAAAAAGCGGCCAAAUGAAAUAACUGAAGAAAACCGACCUAAAUCCAGCAACCCGCGAAUAAAUUACGAAGAAUCCGUGCCAGAAGCUGAUGAUAACCCAGCCCAGGAAAAUGAUGAUAUACCUCAUCAAUCGGUCGAAGAUGAUGUACAUAUAAGUGACUCUACCCAUGAUGACAGAGACGUACAUGUACUUGAACGGUCACACGACAGUACUGCAGAUGUUGGUGAACACCAUCUGAUUCCCGUUAUAGAGCGGCCCGGAUCUCGAGACGACGGGGUACGUCCCCAGUCGAGGAAGUCUCAGGGGCAGACAGAAAGCAUCAGUUCCAAGCUGAGUAGCUCAUCAGCUUUGAGACUAGACAGCCGCCCCAGCACUGCAGGGAGGAUCCACAGUGCUGGCAGCAGAAAGAUAUUACGCUGGGAGUCUAUUGUUGCUUAUUGGUUUAAUGGCUUGGAGAACGUGGACAUUACCUCUGGUGAUCUUCAGACAAUUAGUCGAAACAGUAGUAGGAAGUCCAGACAAGGCAGUGCAACCUCCAAGGUCACUGAGAAAGGUCACAGUUCUGAGAGUGAGGAUGAGGUCGGGGAAGGGCGGGGUGUUGAUUCUGAGAUGGACUUCAGGCCGGUCGACAUCACGGAUGAGAAAGCCUUUGACACAGACCUUGAGGAUAAUGAACCGACGUCGAAGUACGACCACACUGGGAAGACCGCGUACGUUGAAGCGUGUAAACUGCUUGGCGUGAUCCCUGCAUCGUUCUUCCUGCGACACAUGCAUGAUGAGACUCUGACGAUGAAACAUCACGGUCUCGGCACACUGGGAAUGAAAGCAAUAGCCAUGUCACUUGUAUCGAACACCAAAGUGCUCACACUGAAUCUACAAGACAACUGGCUUGGCACCGAGGGUGGACUCGCUGUGUGUGAAAUGCUCAGAGAUAACUGUUUUAUUACUGAUCUUGAUUUAUCAGAUAACCAUCUAGGAAGUGAAGUUGCAGAAGCGUUUUGUAAGAUUAUAACCAACAAUGAUACUCUGCAGAGAGUUACACUUGCAGGAAAUGACUUUGAUGACAGAUCAGCAGUGUUCUUUGCAGAUGCAUUACUAACAACAAAGCUAGAAUACUUAAAUCUGAGUCACAAUCACUUCGCCGAGAUCGCAGGAAUAGUUCUGGGUCCGGCCAUCUCGGAAAACCUCACCCUCAAAGAACUUGACCUCAGCUGGAACCAUCUACGCAGGAAAGGAGCUAUUGCAGUUGCCAUGGGAAUCAAAACCAAUGUGUUCAUGAAGAAGAUCAACCUGUCGUGGAAUGGGUUCGGACUGGAAGGAGCUAUAGGAAUUGCAGACGCUCUCCGGGGAAACUCGGUUCUCGAGGAACUGGACAUCACGAAUAAUCGCAUCACCACAGAAGGUGCUGUUCUCAUUGGGAAAGGUCUGUCGGCCAAUGAGAACCUCCAGGUGCUAAAGAUGGGAAAGAACCCGAUGCAGACUGGAGGAUGCUGGGCGAUCUGUCAGGCUAUUCUACGCAAUCCAGGAUGCGUCAUCAAACUGCUCGACUUCUCUGAUAUUCUUGUAAAUAACGAUUUCAAUGAAAUCUUCCGCAAAGUGCAGGAACAAAUCCCCGACAUCAAGAUGACACAUGGCGGUAUGGAGCCGCCACUCAAGCCCAAAGUACGCGUUCACCCAAUGGUCAAACUUGUCACCUACAUCGAGAAGAAUAACCUGAGGUUGGUCGACUUCUUCAACAAAUUCGACAAGGACAAGAGUAUGAGUGUCACCCAUGAUGAAUUCAAGGAAGGAAUACAAUUUAUGCAGAAGGAGACUGGGAUCCUUCUCAAUGAUGAGGAGGUUAAUCAACUCAUCUUGGAGCUUGACAGAGACGGCGAUGGGGAAAUCAAUUACAGUGAAAUGGUUAUUGGUCAUACAGAUUUCAAGGAGCAGGAGAGGAAAAUCUCAUCAACCAUGCAUGCAUUACGACCCAUGACUUCAUAGGAAACUGGCGUGCUGACUGCACCAAAUAAUUACAAGACUUAGUGCUAUAUUUAUUUGUUUCCUUUUCAAUGGGGAAGUCUUCAAAUGGAGAUUUCAUCACUUUAUAUGUUGGAGAGACAUAUUUUUUCUUGAAGUUUAUCUUUUAUUCGCGGUUAUCAUUAUCAUGAACAUAUUAAUUUGUUUUGUUUUUCGAUCUUCCUUUUUACUUCUGCCAAAAUGAGUACCAAAAAUUGAACUUUAUGCAAAAAUAUUCACAUACUUUUUUUAAAGUAUAGUACUGGUAUUAUUGCUCAUGACCCUUAUCAUUCCAUGUUGAUGAAAAUGAAGAGGAAAAUGGUGAAAAGACAUUAAUCAUAUAGCUUUAUUGUUAACAUUUACUUGACUUGAAGUUUUAACAUGCUCCUAUACCACGAAGGUUUCGAGCAUGUCUAUCCCGAGUCCUGUCUCUGGAUGCUAGUCGCUUGACUCGGGGCAUUGUUAACAAUAGAAUUGUUCAUCCAUUCUUCCAGUCACUGGUGAAGGAUCCUUCUAUAUUAACUCACAAAUGAUAGUGAUUCUGUCCCACCUUUGCAUGCACAUAUUUAUC